GCUCACCACCAUCACACAAUUCAUUUCUCUUCUUCACAAGCUUCUUUAGUCUGAACCUAGUGUUAUAAAUUUCAAAUAUUCCAAGGAUAUGUAGAAAGCAAAAUUCGAAAUCUACUUGAAAAGAAACAUGAAAACACCUAGCAGCUCUGUGGGUAAGACCCAGGAGGGCUUCUCGAUUUGUCUUAUAUUCAGAUGUAUCAGAGUUCUCAUCAACAGAUCUAUUUCUUUCUUACCUUUUUAGAAAAUCUCCUUUCAUAUUUUAGUUUCCUCAAGUAUAUUUUCUCAACAUAGUAUUUCAUUUGGUGUUAUUUAAGAGAUUAUAACAUUUUACACCUUAGUGUUCAUAUAUCGAAGAAAAUGUCAAGAAAACCAUGUUGUGUCGGAGAAGGGCUGAAGAAAGGGGCAUGGACCACCGAGGAAGACAAGAAACUCAUCUCUUACAUCCACGAGCAUGGAGAAGGUGGCUGGCGCGACAUUCCCCAAAAAGCUGGGUUGAAAAGGUGUGGAAAGAGUUGUAGACUACGAUGGACUAACUACCUAAAACCUGAGAUCAAAAGAGGCGAGUUUAGUUCGGAGGAGGAACAAAUAAUCAUCAUGCUCCAUGCUGCUCGUGGCAACAAGUGGUCGGUCAUAGCAAGACAUUUACCAAGGAGAACCGACAAUGAGAUCAAGAAUUACUGGAACACGCAUCUCAAGAAACGUCUGAUCGACCAGGGUAUUGACCCCGUGACUCACAAGCCACUAGCUUCUAAUACUAACCCUACUGUCACCACCACCACGACUACGCAGCCUGGGAGCUUGCAUUCCCUAGAUGCAUCUAGUCCCGACGACCAAUACCCCCGGUCGACUUCAAUGCCUUCCAUGUCUCUUCCUAUUUCCUCCGGCUUAAACACAGUAUCCGAGAUCACCACAAAUGAUGGGACACCAGUUAAGGGAGAUUCCUUGAGUUGCAAGAAAAGUAUUAAGAAAUCGAGCUCUACAUCAAGGCUUUUAAACAAAGUUGCUGCUAAAGCAACUUCCAUCAAAGAUAUCUUGAGUGCUACUACAAUACCAUAUGGGAGCUUUUCCAAUGGCUUCCCUGAGCAGAGUCCCAAUGAAGAAGAUAGUUCCAAGGCACUCGUUGACUUGGAUCCCUUUUCCCAAUCAUUGUUGUACACUGAGCACGAGAUACAUGCUACUUCUGAUCUUGAUAUGGAUCAGGGUUAUGAUUUCUCAUAUUUUCUCGAGAAAAUCGGGAGAGAUGAUCACCACAACGAGGAGCACGACAUGAAUGUUGAGUAUGGUCAUGAUCUUCUUAUGUCCGAUGUGUCCCAAGAAGUCUCAUCAACUAGCGUUGAUGAUCAAGACAAUAUGAUUGGAAACUUCGAGGGUUGGUCAAGUUAUCUUCUUGACCAUGCUGGUUAUAUAUAUGACACGGACUAUGAUUUGCUCGAGAAGCAAAUCAUAUGAAAUAUUUAUAUUCGAACAGAACGGUUUCAUACUAAAUGAAACUUUCCUGAACGAGAAGUUUUAUAUGUGUUAUUAUUUGGAUGUUUAUUAAUCGCUAGGGUUUGUAUGAUGUCAAAUAAGGUGUUAAUGUUAAGACACCGCAAGAAGUAAGAAAAUAGUACUCGAGUUAUGGUUUCUCUGACACUGAGAAACACCUUGCAUGGUACCUCACGGAUCAAUUGGUAAUUGAUUUGCGCUUGUCACAAACUAACAAUGUUUCAUAAUAUUUAUUAUAAUAAAGUUUUUUAAAUAUU